UUUGCGGCUUCACUAAAGAUCAUUUUUCUUGCGUUUCUCAGGAGAUUUUGGUUACACGUCUUUCAACAUUUAUAAACCAAUUUCUGUGACUGUUUUCUAUACACUCGCCUUUUUUUUUUUUUUUUAAUUUGUAUUGCCUCAAACUUGGUGCCCGAGUUGUAAAAAGUGCAGAUUUUGCAAACGUCUGUCCACGUAUUGUGGAAAGCAUGUGCUGAGACUCUAGUAGCAUUCUUAGUAAUGAAAGACAAAGGAACUUUAUUGUGCAGAAAGCUUUGCAGCAUAGACUUUUAAAUGGUAACAUCACAUGCAAUCAACCACGAGGCCAUGGAACUUAAUUUAAACCUAAGACAGAGGGCAGAGGCUGAACAUUAUACUUGUUUUUUUCUGUCAAAAUUCUGCGUUUUCGUGUUCUAGUAUGCAGAUUUUGGAGUAAACCCACUGUAAUAAAUAGGGGUGAAGGAAAAAAUCAAUUUGAUGAUAUAUCGCGAUAUGUAAUUUGGUGAUAUUUGUAUCGAUGUAUAUGCGUCCUUUAACAUCUGAGUCUUGUUUUUCCACUUAAACCCUCGACUGCUAGAUGGCAGCUGAGAACUUUGAGUCUCUUUAAAAAGCUCAAAACUACAACACAAAACUAAGUCGAGAUCUCAGAGAUGCAGGUUGUUUUGUUGUGAUGAGACAAGCACUAGUACCGAACUGAAACUCUGUGCCAUGUUGCUGCCAGUCUUAUAUAAAAUCCCGGAUUGCGGUGCUUUGUGUUCCACUAAAAUAUCGCGAUAGGUACGUAUCGUAUCGCCAGACUCUUUUUGGUACACACCCCUAGUAAUGAAGGAAAGGUCUGAUCAAAACGCGCUAAAGGAAACACUUUAGGAUUAAAACCCCUUGUGUACAAAUGUUUAGUGUCAGUAGAAGAGGUCCAACAUUCAUAAAAGUUUCAGAUCAGAAUGAAAGAAAGGAUUUGGUUAAAAUUUGAAUGUUUAAAAAAAAAAGAGUUCUGGCAGUUAUUUGAUUUAAAUGCAGUGUUUUAUAUCAACUCUACAUUAAUAGUAGUAGUUAAAAUUGACAUAAAAUCUAAAAUUUCAUUACGUUUCAACUGAUGAUUUAUGUAUUAAAUGUUUCACAAUAUUCCUGGAUUGUGUGUGAAAUUUCGUUAUUACUGCAAAAAUAUAAAUGUUUUUCAAGCAUUAGGUCCUGUAGUCAUCCCAUAAUAGUUUUAAAAUUUCCUUUGGUACUUUUUGAUAUCCCCAGGUUGUUUCAGUUUGAUUUGUAACUUUUUUAUUUUAUUUUGGGACCCAUAAGAGAGUUUGGCCCUGGUCAUUUUUUUGACAGUUUCUCCUGCUGUGAUGUCAUCUUUAUUUUUUUGGGGUGGGCCCAGGAGGAAGGUUCCCUAACCCCACAAUUAAUUUUCACCAGGUACUGGGUGCGUGUACAUUUUUGUGAGUUUUUAAGUAUGUAGCAGGGUGACGUUUUUGCUCAAAGGUGCAAUAAAAAAAAAGAAGAAUUACAAAAACAAUCUGGUCCUUGAGUCCAGGAUUGCUGCUGGACAAUUAAAGCGAAGUGAGUUGGAUGCAAGACAUUUAUUGUGAAUGUGGUUAAUGUCUGAAAUGUUGUUUCUCAUCUGACGCUUGUCAUGUCUGAUGCACUUUGAGCCCUUUAAGGUCUAGGAAUUGGUCCUAUUGUCUAAUUUCAGUAGCCUCAGCAGUAUUGCUCUGCAAGUGCAGCUCUUGUAACAUUAAAAGAAAAGCACCUAUUUGGAGUAUUCGGUCUUUGUAGAUCCAUUAUGAGAUUAUUUUGUGGUUUUCCUGCUUACUUGUCUCACAGUGUGCUGACAACAUCACAGCGACUGUGAGCACGGCUGAUGAUAGGGCUGUUCUUUAAGUUCUUCAAGUCAAUGCUGAGAGGAUGAGGCUUUAUCUUUACAUUCUAAGUCUGCUUUAUCUGUUGAUGCUGAGCAGCCAAGACAUGGGGGACAAAGCGACCCAGUUGACCUUGGAAGAAGCUGAGAGCAAUUUUGAUUUGACGUUGUUCAACGAUUCUUACAAUUUUACGUAUAGUGAUGAGACGGUCACAGAUGACUCCUUGCCAUGCAAUGUAACUGUGCCUGGAUUUAAUUCCGUCGCCCUGAUGGUCGUCUACAUCUUGGUGUCUCUGUUCAGUUUGAUUGGCAACAGCUUGGUGGUGUUUGUGGUCUGCACUAUGAAGAAGGGCAGAGGCAGCACAGACAUCUACUUGAUGCAUUUGGCGAUAGCUGACUUGCUCUUCUGCAUCACGCUGCCGUUCUGGGGCACCUACGUUCACUUCGGCUGGAGUUACGGCAACUUUCUGUGCAAAGUCCUGUCCGGCUUCCAGGAAGCAUCGGUUUACAGCGGAGUCUUCCUGCUGGCGUGCAUCAGCGUGGACCGUUUCUUUGCCGUUGUGAGGGCCACACGCGUGCUGUCUUCGAAUCACCACCUGGUGAAAGUGGUCUGCAGUGUGGUGUGGCUGAUGGCCGGAUUGUUGUCUCUUCCCGUUGUUAUCAAGAGGGAGAGCAUGUUCGCCGAAGAACUCAACCAGUCCAUCUGCUAUGAAAACGUCACUGGAGAUAGCAGUGACCUCUGGCAAUUCAGUUUACGCAUUCUGCGUCACACGUUGGGCUUUUUCCUGCCCCUGGUCGUCAUGACCUUCUGCUACGGCAGGACGGGCGUGACGCUCCUCCAGAUACGCAACCAGCAAAAGCACAAGGCCAUGCGGGUGAUCAUGGCGGUGGUGCUAGGAUUCGUUCUCUGCUGGCUGCCUUACAACGUCGCCGUCCUGACCGACACGCUCAUCCGAGCCGAAUCCCUGAAGGUGACCUCGUGUGACACCCGCUACAGAGUGGAGGUGACGCUGAACGUCACGCAGGUUUUGGCCUACAUGCACUGCGCGAUCAAUCCGGUGCUGUACGCCUUCAUCGGCCAGAAGUUCAGAAACCAGCUGCUGCUUUCCCUCUAUAAACACGGUGUGAUCAGCAAGAGGAUCCAGAUGGCCUACAGAAAGGGCUCUGCCCACAGCUGGGGCAGCAUCAGAUCCAAAAACACCUCAGUGACCAUGUAGAUCUGUCCUCAUGAGGGAAAUGUUUUCCCUGGGAAACCUGAAAUCCAACUCUCACGAAGAUCUAAAGUGUCCUCGUAAUUUCCAAAGUUCUCACCUCAUAGAACAAAUAACAUGAAGCAACGUUGAAAACUACGUUUCCCUCAAUGCCUUGAGAGAGUCCACAAAGAACAACACAUGCUUUUAAAGUCAUGCAGGCUUACAAAACUGCUGUUUUGGCUUAGUGAGUUCUUCUUUUGCCUUUCUCUGGAAACCAGAAAACAGUAGAUAGUUUCCACUGAUGGUGAUUUAGCAGCUUGUACUUUUUUUUAUAAAGACUCACUCCGAUGAAUAUCAUGGUUUUAGGCAUUUUUAACAAGUUCUUGUUGCAUUUUUUCUGAUGUUGGAGAACAUCUAUUAAAAACAUUAAGCUUUAAAAUACACUGUUGUGAAUCAGGAGCAGAUGAGAAAAAGAUCAUAGUUGUCCCGUAGAAAAGACGCUGGACGGGUCACAAGCUCCCUGCUCCAAGCUCUUAUGGGGAAGAGGGGGUGGGGUUGCUCCACAUGAACAGUCAC